GCUCGGCAUUGCUGUACGAUUUCAAAGAGAGAACGCGCCCUAUGACGAUACAUCACCGCUCCAAGGGGUGACUAUGCACACGCUAAACGUCAUCUACUCGAGUCUUUCCAAUCCUCCCCUCAGUUAGGGAUGGUUUCCCUACUGCUCCUGGCCGCCGGAGCCUCCAUUUUGCAUGUACGAACCCGACUACAGGGCUGCUCUGUAAUCCUCGACUUCGAACAUUUCCGGUGUACCGUUACGGAUCGCGGGCCCGGACACGCUCCGCCCUUAGAACCGCUAAAAGUCCGCAUAGCUUGCUCCUGCUGUGUCUCUAUUGGACUUCGUGUCCUCAAGCGACCCCAAUUGACGUACAGCUGACAGACGUUCCACUAAGCACCAAGAGAAGGUUCGGUGUCUGCCUCAAUCUCGGUUACACUGCGCUUGUACUUCUCUACUGGUUGGUAAUAUCUG